GUUCCUGCACCGGAUAGCACCCUCACACUGCGCUCAACAGUGCCAACACUGUCGGUACUCUGCUGCCCCAUGCCACACUUUGUUUCCUUCAGUACGCAACAACAGUCCCACUGACCUAAAUGCCUCGACUUCUUGAUGGUGGUUGUCACCUAUGACUUGACCUACUGAUAUGCCUCGCUGCUACCUCGACCGUUGAGCCACGACCCUGAUUUGCACCUCCCAGAGUCCCAAACAGCGUUCGGGCCUAUUUAUCAUGUCAGCUGUAAAUAUAGAAGCUUUAACCCAGAGUGCUUUUCAAUUCAAUGUCGGGCCAGAAGGGAAAGCCUUCUUUCUACACUCAAAGCUCGUCUCUCGACACUCCUCCGUAUUUCACGCUUUGAUGUCUGGCCAUAUGAAGGAGGCCGAAGAAGGAAAAGCACGCUUAAGUAAUGUGGAUGAACACACGUUCGCUCGCUUUGCCGAGUUCAUAUAUGGAGGCAAUUAUAACGCCGACGAGGCGCUGAUUGUCCUUGAUGACGCAGAGCCUGAAAGCGAAACUGCAAGAAGCGAAACUCCCAAAUUAGCGGAUGAGGUGCGAGAGACAAGCCCUGUUUCACAACGAGGUGAAAGCCCCAACUCAGAAAAUUGGGCCCGUCCCAAAAAGAAAGAUAAAAGAAAACGAGGGGAUAAAAUCCUAAUUCGGAGGCAUCUUGAGUCAUUUUCAGAGUUCGCCAUCCCUUCGAUCGAGAAAGUCUCAUUCCCCGAGAUAAACAUCUCGGAAACGGAGAGUGAUACGGGGCUGACGUACGACUACACGGAGGCACUUUGCCACGUGCGUCUGUAUGUAUUUGCCGAACAAUAUCAGAUUCACAAAUUGAAGGAUCUGGCGCUGUGUAGAUUACACAGUGUUCUACAACAUACUACCUUCCACCCUGUACGUACGGGAGAACUGUGCGACAUGAUCAGCCUCGCCUAUGAAAAUACACCGGAAUUGAAGGAAGAGCCUCUGCGAGACUUACUAACUCACUAUGUGGCAUGGAAAUUCGAGGACUUAGCUCCGACGAAGGAAUUUAAGAAGCUAUUCAUCGACGGAGGAAUGUUUGUGAAUGACUUAUGUCAGAAAGUGAGCCUCAGGCUAUGACUCUACGACGCUAUUGUUGUUCUUACUCCCUAUCUCAAACUUUGCCCCCCAGAAAUCGAUAGCUCAUCACUUCCCGCAAAAUUUCCGUUCUUUGUCUGCUUUCUCUAUAGCUUUCAAGAUUUCUUUGCCUUC